AUGCGGUUCACGGCGGGGGGCUCGUCGACGCGGUCGUGGCAGCCCAAGCCGACGGCGGACACCACGGACCUGCGCUUCUGGCUGACCUGGCGGGUGGCGGUGUGCGCGCUCUGGGUGCUCUGCUGCGUCGCCGCCGCCGCCUACCUCAUCUGGCGCCACGAGGGGCCCCGCGCGCACCGCCGGCCCGGAGCCGCCAAGCAGGACGCGGCCGCGCAGCAAGGGCGGCGCCGGCCGGACGGGCUGCUGUACGACGACGAGGCGUGGCGGCCCUGCCUCCGCGACAUCCACCCGGCCUGGCUGCUCGCCUACAGGCUCGUCUCCUUCUUCGUCCUCUUCAGCCUCCUCAUCGUCAUCGUCAUCUCCGACGGCGGCAACAUCUUCUACUACUACACCCAGUGGACCUUCAUUCUGGUGACGGUUUACUUCGGGCUUGCGACGACGCUUUCGAUCUACGGGUGCAGCAAGUUCGCCGCCUGCAAUGCCGUCGCGGCGAUGUCCGACGCCGAGCAGGGGCCCUACGCCAUCCACGGGGCCGCCCCGAAGUCGAUCGUCGACGGGGAGGACAACGGCACGAGGGAGAUCGCCGGGUUCUGGGGGUACCUUCUGCAGAUCAUCUAUCAGGUGAAAGAGACAAAUGCAGGAGCUGUGAUGCUUACAGACUGCGUCUUCUGGUUCAUCAUUUUCCCAUUCCUCACAGUCAAAGAUUACAGUAUGAAUUUUUUGCUGAUUGGAAUGCACUCGGUCAACGCUGUUUUCCUGCUCGGCGAAGCAUCGCUAAAUAGCCUGCGCUUCCCGUGGUUCCGGAUCGCGUAUUUCUUCCUUUAUACGGCGCUAUACGUGGUUUUCCAGUGGAUUGUUCAUGCAUCUACUCCAACCUGGUGGCCCUACCCGUUCCUCGACCUCUCCUCUAAUCUCGCGCCUCUGUGGUACUUUGCGGUUGCAUUCAUGCAACUGCCCUGCUACCUGAUCUUCAGACUGGUGAUGAACCUGAAACACCACCUUCUCGCCAAGCAUUUCCCGGAUAGCAUGGUCCUAGGAUACUAG